AUGGUCCUUGUGCAGGUUCAUUUUUCACUGAAACCAACAGAAGAGGAAAAGCAACAUAAACACUGGACAUCUAUUGAAGAAGAAGGAACGCCAUUCAUUUUGCAGUACAGUCCCACUGCGGAUGGCAGCAAGAAGAGAGCAAAGAAAAUGGCCGCGAGGUAUGAGGGGGUCAGAAUGAUUCAAGAACGAAGGAUAGAGAGCGAAAGAGAAGGAAUAAACCAGCAACAACAAGAGCAUCAACAACAGCAACAUCAACAACAACAGCAGGGAGAGGCUGUGAUGACAUUCACAGCCUCAAAAAUGAAGCAAUUUAUUGAAAAAGUGGGAGAAAGCGCAACAAAGAGAGCGCGCAUUGAAUUUGCUGAACAUUUCAAUCGGGAAGAGCUGAUAAAUGACAUAGCUGACUGCGUCGUUAGCAAAUUGCGUCAAAGACAACAAUAUAGGCCACCACAAGAGGUUGCAAGCACAGCAGAAUGGAUGGCGCACUGUGAAUCUGAGGAGAGAUUUUACCGCCAAGUAUGGGGAACACCGGCUUCUAUGCCAACACCAACACCAACACCCACACCACCAGCAAAUGCAGACAUUGAAGCCGGAAUAUCAGCCGCAGCGGCAGCACCAACAACCGCACAACAUGAAGCAGGAACAUCUACAGCAGUGGCAGCAGCAACAGCAUCCCCGCCUCAACAAUUGGGGCAAAUCAGACCAAAAAGGAUGAGGAUGCCAUCUGCAGCAUGUAAAAGUCCAUUCCGGCGUGAUGAUGUCAGAGGAACAAAUUUUCUUAGGUACCUGAGGAGCAAAGAAGCUGAACAGAGGAAUGUGGGAUUGCCAUAUCUGGUGGACAACAAUUGGUUUGGUCUGAUAAAGAAGACUACCGAAAAGCUAGACAGUCAAAGCAUAGACUCCUACCUUGCCGUGCUAGCAGCAAAACCAGAGUUGGCUGGUUUUGAAGGAAUUGAAUUCCCUGCAAACAUUGCCAUCACAGGCACAAUGUUCUCGGUAAUUACUUAA